AUUUAAAUGUGACUAGUAUGAGUGUCCAAUUUUCUUCUUUCUUCCGAUCAUCUGUUAUCCAGUCGAAGUUCAUGUCCAUUAGACCAUUAUCCACUUCCUACUCACGAAGUGGAGCUGCAGCUGCAUUCCUCACAACAAAUCAACAAUGGCAUUAAAACUAUUUUCUUUGCCAUUUCAUACUGCCAUCACUACUGCUUCUCAAUCAAAGCUGGCGCAGUUCUCUGGCUCAAAGUCGGCGACUUUUGCUCAAACUUUUCCGAAACACGUCGAGGAAUCAGGUCGGAGAAGGUCGUAUUUAGCGUGCAUGAAAUCGGAGGAGGAUAACGUUUCAGAGGUGGGGAACCAAUGGGGAAAGGUCUCUGCCGUGCUGUUUGAUAUGGACGGUGUGCUUUGCAAUAGCGAGGAGCUGUCUAGGAGGGCAGCUGUGGAUCUUUUCGCUGAAAUGGGGGUUCGGGCUACUGUUGAAGAUUUUGCACCCUUUACGGGCAUGGGGGAAGUGAACUUCUUAGGUGGUGUUGCUAAUGCAAAAGGUGUUAAGGGAUUCAAUCCUGAUGCAUCAAAGAAGAGGUUUUUUGAGAUAUAUUUAGAGAAGUACGCAAAACCAAAUUCUGGCAUAAAUUUCCCCGGCGCCUUUGAGCUUGUCACACAGUGUAAAAGCAAAGGUCUCAAAGUUGCUGUUGCCUCAAGUGCUGAUCGCAUCAAGGUUGAUGCAAACUUAGCAGCCGCUGGUUUGUCAUUAUCGAUGUUUGAUGCAAUUGUCUCUGCAGAUGCAUUUGAAAAUUUGAAGCCUGCUCCUGAUAUUUUUUUGGCCGCAUCAAAGAUUUUGAAUGUGCCCCCUAGUGAGUGUGUUGUGAUUGAAGAUGCAAUAGCUGGCAUACAAGCUGCCAAAGCAGCAAAAAUGAGAUGCAUAGCUGUGACCACAACAUUAGCAGAAGAUACUAUAGAAGCAGCUGCUCCGACUCUUAUCAGAAAGGAGAUAGGCAAUAUUUCAACUGAUGAUAUUCUCAGUGGUGGAUCUGAUUCCCAUAAGGUGAAGAUGCAGGCAUCUCAAUCUAUCAGUUAUCAUGCACCAUCUUCAAUUGAACCCAACAUUAAAGAGAUUACAUCUGUGCAGGAUAAAUACCCUACCAUUGAUCCAAUCUCCUGGUUUGGAGGGGUGCACGUGUCCCGGCACAAUGUUUUGAGAUAUACAAGUUUGGGCAUUGCUGUUUCCUGUCUUGUUUUCACCAUCACAAAUUGGAAGGCAAUGCAGUAUACGUCUCCAAAAGCUAUUUGGAACUUUUUAUUUGGAGUCAGCAGCCCCCCUUUUGGACAAAGUGAAGACUCAUCUCGCACACAGAGAAUUGAACAGCUCAUAAACUAUAUUUCUGAUGUAGAGACCAGGAAAAAUGCAACUACUGUGCCAGAGUUCCCAGCUAAAUUAGAUUGGCUAAAUACUGCCCCUCUUCAGCUCAGCCGGGAUUUGAGAGGCAAGGUCGUUCUUCUGGACUUUUGGACAUACUGCUGUAUUAAUUGUAUGCAUGUGCUGCCAGAUCUGAAAUUUCUGGAGAAAAAGUAUAAAGAUAUGCCUUUUGUUGUCGUGGGUGUGCAUUCAGCAAAGUUUGACAAUGAGAAAGACCUAGAAGCUAUUCGCAAUGCAGUGUUGCGCUAUGAAGUCACUCACCCAGUUGUUAAUGAUGGAGAGAUGAAUUUAUGGAGAGAGUUAGGUAUAAAUUCCUGGCCCACCUUUGCUGUUGUUGGGCCAAAUGGAAAGCUUCUUGCACAAAUUGCUGGUGAGGGUCAUAGAAAGGAUCUUGAUGACUUAGUUGAGGCGGCACUUCUUUUCUAUGGUAGAAAAAAGCUAUUGGAUAGUAGUCCCAUUCCUUUGAAAUUGGAGAGAGACAAUGAUCCCUACUUGUUAGCAUCCCCCUUGAAAUUUCCGGGUAAACUGGCAGUUGAUGUUCUCAACAACCGUCUGUUCAUUUCCGACAGCAACCACAACAGAAUAGUAGUUACUGACCUUGAAGGGAACUAUUUGGUUCAAGUUGGUAGCACAGGGGAGGAGGGUCUUCAUGAUGGUCAUUUUGAUGAGGCGACUUUCAAUCGACCACAGGGUCUAUCUUACAAUGCAAAGAAAAACCUUCUUUAUGUGGCAGAUACAGAGAACCAUGCUUUGAGAGUCAUUGAUUUUGUAAGUGAGUCAGUAAGGACCAUUGCUGGGAAUGGAACAAAAGGUUCUGAUUAUGAAGGGGGACGAACAGGAACUACUCAGGCUCUCAAUUCUCCAUGGGAUAUCUGUUUUGAUCCUGAGAAUGAGAUUGUAUACAUUGCAAUGGCCGGUCAGCAUCAAAUCUGGAAGCAUUAUACAUCAGAAGGCGUAACAAAAGCUUUCAGUGGUGAUGGUUAUGAGAGGAAUUUAAAUGGGUCAAGCUCCAGGAACACAUCAUACGCACAACCUUCUGGGGUUUCACUAUCACCUGACCGAAAGGAGGCAUAUAUUGCUGAUAGUGAGAGUAGCUCCAUUCGAGCCGUUGAUCUUAGGACAGGAGGUUCAAAAUUGCUUGCUGGUGGUGACCCAAAUUUCUCAGAUAAUUUGUUCCGGUUUGGAGACCUUGAUGGAAUAGGUUCUGGUGCACUUCUUCAGCACCCAUUAGGCGUUUUAUGUGGUCGAGAUGGUCAAGUUUAUAUAGCAGAUUCGUACAAUCACAAGAUUAAGAAGCUAGAUCCAGUUAGUAGAGCGGUGAGCACAUUAGCUGGCACUGGUCGUGCUGGCUUCAAGGACGGGGCAUCUUCAAGAUCUCAGCUCUCUGAACCAGCAGGAAUUGCUCAAGCAGAAAAUGGAAGAUUAUUCAUAGCAGAUACAAACAACAACCUUAUCAGAUAUUUAGACCUGAUCGAUGGAAAAGCUGAACUUCACACGCUACCAUUAAAGGGAGUUCCGCCUCCUGCAGCUAAAUCCCCAUCUUUGAAACGGCUUAGGAGAAGACGAGUGGACACACAGACCAUUGUUGUUAAUGGUAGUUCAUCAAAAGAAACUCUGUUACAUCUCCAAAUAUCUGUGCCUGAAGGUUACCACUUCUCAAAGGAAGCACAAAGUAAAUUUUGCAUUGACAUGGAACCAGAGGAUGCAGCUCAGAUUUAUCCUAUGGAUGGAAGUCUCAACACAGAAGGUUCUGCUCUUAUACAAGUCAGCAGGUCAUUGGCUUCACCUUCCACGGCUAGAAUUCAUUGCAAGGUUUACUACUGUAAAGAAGAUGAGGUUUGCUUAUAUCAGUCUCUGACCUUUGAAGUACAAUUUCAAGAGUUGAAUCCUGAUUCCUCUCCUGCCGAGAUCUCACUUCCAUAUUUUGUAAAGCCAAAGAGAUGAGAUGGUUCAUUCCUCCAUAGAUAAGCAUGGCAGCUUCAAGGUGCAGCACCGUACAAAACUAUGGAGGAGUUGAGAAGACAAAUGAGAUGGCACUAGGGAUGAAUUUAUUUUCUAUUCUUACUAAAUCAUAACAAAUAAUUAAUUAAUCUAAAUAAAGUAAGUAUAUUGCAUUUCAUAUUCAUACACUAUUUUUUUCUGUAUUUUUUUAUUCAUACACUUUUGUAAUAUAAUUUUAAUAGUCAAUGGAGCCAAAGACUCGAUAUAUUUUGGCUUGAGAAUAUGAUGGAAUAAAGCAAAAUGGCUCACAAACUGUGUGCGCUUCUUUGUUAUGAACGAAUAGUCAACCUAUGCAAUUUCCGA